AAGGGAAUGUCUGCCCCGUACCCCGAUAAAGAGCGCGGGACUUUUAUCACUCACACGUUCCCCUACAUCUUUGACAAUACCAUCAUCGUCGCAGCAACCCACCCGACAGUCUCCUCCGGCUCCCAGUUUGACGAAGGGUGGUUCCUCUCCGACUUUUACGCUUUCAACUACCUCCUGAAAGGUUCAGUUACCAACCAAGUAUGGCUUACGGCUGCCGAGCCUAGCAAACUGUUGAAGAAGUAUGGCCCUUAUUACCACGGUACCGCUUCUGAAUGUCCCAAGGUCGUCCUCAGCCCUGAGCUUCUCGAGUCUGAGAUCACUCCUGUAACGGUCGUUCCACCCGCCAAGAUGGUUGAUAAAUUUCUCGACGAGGUCUCCAAAGCCGCUGCUCGCGCCAAGGACAAGCACCCAAUCCUUCUGAUGGUAUCCUGUCACGGGUCACGAGACCACAGUCUCCUCCUCGACCAUGGUAACUCCGGGAAGGGGUUUAGCCUUGUACGGCUAAAGAGCGCAUUAGGAAAUACCCGAACAACCUUACUCGUAACAUCAUGUUACUCGGGUGGAUGGGUGGUUGCGCCCGACUUCAACAGCACAGCAUUAGCAGCCGCUACCUUUAAUGACGUGUCCUUAUCGUUCCCAGUCUCAGCAAGCCUAGGACGAGUUUGCGGAUCCCUCUUCGCUGGAGCGAUCAUCGACGCGCUCUCCAGCGCCUCUUCGCCGUUGCUCACGCAGGAGGCGAGGAAGGAGCUAGACGACAGCGAGGGCUCGGAAAGCAUCCAGCCCGAGGAGCCAACCGAAAUACAGACAGAAACGUACAACGAGUUCUGCCGCUCCGUCACGACGGUAUUAAAAGCGCGGGGAAUCUCUGACGUCCUGACCAAGGAUUUUUGCUUCAGCGCCCAGGACGACCAGUGGACUUUUUCGUGGUCUAGGAGAACCGCGAUUCCUUUGGCCGGCUUCAAGGAACGUUGGGAUUAA